AUAAAAUAUGUCUUUGAAUGCAUAGUUUCCAAAGUAAGUACCUUUUCUUCCUGGACAUGUAUUUUCAGACCCUUACAAAGAAAAUCAUCAUAAAACUCAAUAAUUUUCAAAUAUUAAUGGAACUGUGCAAGAAAAAACUAAUUUUAUUCAUGAAGAAUUUGAUCCAAAUUUAUUAGACUCAAUGAAAAUGGGAACACCUCCAAAUCUCACUUACGGUAGUAGAUAACCACCUGAAAAUGAUUAUAUUCCAAGAAUUUAACCACCUUGGUUGAAAUAUGAUCGAGCUGUUUUACGAUUUUAUUCUUACUUCUAAGAAUCAGUAGUAGAAAAUCCUAAUGAAAAUUAUAGAAUUAGAUAAGUUAUUAUCUAUUAUUACCUUUCUGAUGGAACUAUUCACGUAACUGAGGUAAUAAUUUAAAUAACUGAUAGCCUCGAAUAUAAAAUUCAGGCAUUCCUUAAGGACUUUUCAUAAAAAGAUAGAAGAUUCCUAAGAAAUUAGGAAAACAAGAUUUUUAUACAUGGGAAGAUCUCUAAUUAUGCUCAAACAUAAAUUUCUAUGAUAGAGUAUAAUUUUUAAUGAAAUAAGGUUUAUCGAAUUUGUGAUUGCGAUACAUUCACCAGAGAGUUUUAUGAAUAUAUGGGUAAACCCUUAUCAUUGCCAGAAUAAUUACCAAGAGAUAACUUUUAGGCUCAGAAAGAAACAAAAGACUUGAAAAUCAAUCCUCCAGACACAAAGGAAUAUAAAGAAUACUUUGAAGUAAAACUAGGAGGAGGACAUCCAAAUGGAGGAUUAAAUAAAUAUUUAAGUAAUGAUAGAAAAGUGUUAUCUUUUGAUAUUAUAUGGGAUGAUUCUUCAAUAGAAGGCUAAUUAAAUUAUUAUACACUUAAUUAUUAUUUGGCAGAUGAUACUUGUGAAGUGAAAGAAGUUAGAAAACAAAAUUCAGGAAAGGAUCCUUAUCCACUAAUGUUAAGAAGAUAAAAGAUACCUAAAUAACCAAUUUUAACGCAUUAUCCAGGAAUGACACUAAAAAAAGAGGAAUUUUAUAGUCCUUUAGAUUUAAUUUGUGGGAACUAAGUAAGAAUAUACGGAAGAGAUUGUUUUAUUUAUAAUUGUGAUGAUUUUACGAAAGAAUAUUACUUAAGGGUGUUAGGAAUAUAAUAGAAGUAAUUAAUAAAUAAAAAUAAAUAGACCGGCCACAUUGAAGUAGGAGAGAGGAAAGAAGUUUUAUUAACCAGUGCCUCCAUAUAAUGGAUAUGGAUAUGAAGAAGAUUCUUUAGGAUCUGUUUAUUCACUUUAACCUAAACCUCCUAAAAAAGAUGUUCGAAAGAAUUUCACUUAAGAUUAAUUCAUUUUAAGAUUUGAAUCAAGAUUAAUUAGCGAAGUAAGAGAAGAGAAUUCCAGAAGGUUUAUUAUUUCCUUUUAUUGUGGAGAUGAUACUGUUUAAGUGUAUUAAACAUCAGAAAGAAAUAGUGGAAUUUGGGUAAUAUUAUUUAAUCCUAAUAAUUAAGGGAGGUAAAUUCUAAGAAAGAUCUAGAUAAAAGAAUCCAUUAACUAAUGACUAUUAUACUGAAAAAGUAUUAUUGUUUAUUUUACUCAGGAUUUUCAAUUAGGUGCAAUCGUUUAAUUUAAUGUUUACAAAUUUUAAUUGAUGAGAGCAGAUGAAUUUACUGUUAAUUACAUGAAAUAAAAGCCUGAUGUUUUUAAAGAAGCUGAUAUUAAAUAAAUUAUAGCAAAGUUAAGAAUGUUUGCUGACAAUUAUCCUAAUUUUGAUUCCUUUUUAUUAGAUCUAAUGAAGUAAAUCAUGUUUCUAUAUAUUCUCUUAGAAAACUUGAUAAAUAAUUAAAAGGUUAAAUUGAAUUUGAAGAACUUGCUACUGGAUUAUAAGAAUUAGGAUUCAAUUUAACUCUAUAAGAACAAUAUUAUUUAAUGAGAGAAUUCGAUAUCAAUGGAGAAUGGAAAUUAAAUAUGUAGUCAUUUUGGGAAGGAAUAGGAGGCAAAAGAUCUUGAAAAUAAAUUUAUUA